UUGAUUUCGUUUAAAGCUGUUACAGCAAUAAGUUUUUAUUUUAUUUUUAAUUUAGCUUAAAUUUUUUAACGAUGACGUCUAAAUCAAAUGCAAAGAAACAACUUGUAAGAAAUUAUACUGAAUGGGGGAAAAAAUUGGUAAUUGAUUUAGUGUUGGCAUUUAAAUCAAAAAUCGAAAAUAUGAAACUAUUUAGACUAAUCCGGUUUGGAACAAAAAAAAAAAAUGAAGCUUGGUCUGAGAUCCACAGUCUGUAUAACGUGCAACAUAAAUCUGGUGUCAAAAUAAAUGAACAGCUGAAACAUAUAUAUGAUGGACUCAAGCCAGAUGCCAGAAAAAAAAGAAGUCAUGGGAAGCGAGCAUUUUGUACAUUGUGUCUGGGACUAGGACGACAAAGAUUUAGAUGUGCUCAAUGCAAAUUGCUUACUCGCAGAAAUUUUCAAAGACUUAGUAAAAAUGCUUGCACUAAUGAUUCUUUAGUUAGUGAUGAUACCGAUGAUGGAGAUCCUCUGACAUCUCAAAGUACACUUUGCUCUGAUAUUGAUUCACCGGAUUUAAAAGAUUGCUUUGAUCAAAACUAUGUUAUUGAUCAACCAACUGAUUCUGCACCUAUUGAAAGUCCACAAGUUAUAACAGAUGAUAAAGAAGUUAAAGUUCCAUGCCAAUAUUCUAUUGCUGACUUUGAAUUAAUUAGGAUUAUUGGUCGUGGUAGUUAUGCCAAAGUGGUUAUGGUUGAGCUUAAAAAAAACCAACAAAUUUAUGCUAUGAAAAUUAUAAAAAAAGAACUACUUACAAGUGAUGAAGAUAUUGUUUGGAUACAAACAGAAAAACAUGUUUUUAAAACUGUCUCUAACUAUCCAUUUUUGGUUGGUCUCCAUUCUUGCUUCCAAACAGCCAGCCGAUUAUUCUUUGUGAUGGAAUUUGUUCGUGGAGGUGACUUAAUGUAUCUUAUGCAAAGACUAAAACGACUGUCUGAAGAACAUGCUAAAUUUUAUGGAGCAGAAAUUAGUUUAGCUUUGAACUUUUUGCAUGCUAAAGGUAUAAUAUAUCGAGAUUUAAAAUUGGAAAAUAUAUUACUUGAUCAUGAGGGUCAUAUAAAAUUGACAGAUUAUGGAAUGUGUAAACAGGGAAUAAUGCCUGGAGAUACAACUUCUACAUUUUGUGGUACUCCAAAUUACAUGGCUCCAGAAAUUUUAAAACAAGAAGAUUAUGGAUUUAGUGUGGAUUGGUGGGCCUUGGGAGUUGUUUUGUAUGAAAUGUUGGUUGGUAAAAGUCCAUUUGGUGAAGUAUCAGAAAUUACUGAGGAACAUUUAUUUGAUGCCAUUUUAGAAAAUCCUCUUUGUAUUCCAAGAUCACUUUCUGUUCAAGCAGCUUCGGUUUUGAGAGGAUUUUUAAAUAAAAAUCCUGGUGAUCGUUUGGGUUGCAAUGAAUACACUGGCUUCUAUGAUGUUAAGACUCACCCAUUCUUCAAAUCUAUUGAUUGGGAUAUGUUAGAACAAAAGAAAGUUAGUUCUCUUUAUAAACCACAACUAGAUUCUGAUCACGAUCUUGCCAAUUUUCCAUCAGAAUUUACAGAUGAACCUACAUAUUUAACACCUGAUGAUCUGCAGAUCAUCGAUCAGCUCAAAUUCGAAGGAUUUGAAUAUGUGAACCCGUUUUUGAUGUCGUAAAUGAGUAACAUGAGAAUUCCCGUAAUAUGGAGAAUUUCCAUGUUCGACAGUCAUAACUCGCCACUGUCUAUA